AUGCUGAAUCUCCCCAUUUCCAGAUCUCAAACCAAUGUUGUAAUGCUCAAUGUCGGCGCUUUCAUUCGGAUAACUAACUGCAUGAUUCAGGGUAACAAGUUAUGGAACAAAUUCUAUGGUAUGAAAGAUUUUAAGCGUAUGGUGUCGACUAACUAUAUCGGAAGACUAUUAAAAAGUCAAUCCGAACUGCGUAUUGCUAUUGUUGUGGUCAUAAUGGGAAACACAAGAAGCUGCAAAUACCGAAAGGCUAUGCUCAGUGUUUCGUGUUAUGCGAAAGUACAGGGCUACGACUUUCGUGUCCUAAACACGAGCCAUUACGAAAACAGAUGUCCCCAAAAAGAUGGAUUUUUCCAACGACACUGCGUUGCAGCUCACAUAUUGCCUUAUUAUGAUUACAUUCUAUUUCUGGAUGCUGAUUUUGGCGUUGCGAAUCCUAGAAGACGCAUUGAAGAGUAUAUCGAUCCUAAAGUGGAUAUAAUCUUUUAUGAUCGCUUUUUUAAUUGGGCAAUUAUGGCCGGCUCAUAUUUGGCGAAAAACACUACUUGGUCAAAAGACUUUUUACUAAAUUUUGCCAAAUACGAAGAAAGACUACCGAAUAGCUUUCAUGGAACAGAUAAUGGAGCCCUUCAUGCUUAUGUUGCCGAGGUUAUUCUGGGCAGAAAUAAUACUAAUUUGAUAUGGUGUCUGAGCUUUUACAAUAAAUCUAAGAACUUCGGCGACCUUUUCCAGUAUGAGGCUUGCAUCAGAAUUAUUUUGAAUGACGAAAUCUACGGAAGGAUAAAAAUUCUACCAAAGGGCACUGCAUGGGCUCGUGACAAUUGGUUAACUAAUAGCCUGUGGAGUUUAGAAAGAGAUUUCAUAUUACAUGGUUGGAAAGAAGAUCAGCUGAGGGAGUAUUACACUACCCCUGUGCCGUAA